CGUAAGACGCGUGUCCACGGGGUCUCUUAUGCGAAAGUACAGGGGCAGGGUCACUUUUGAGUGGGAGUUAAGCGGGAGGCACAGUGACCCGGGUGGGACUGUGGUUGGCCUGGCAACAGCAGGCCAACGUAACGCCUUUUCAUUUAAAGGGGCGGAGAGAGGGUAGAGAGAAACAAGACCGACAGGUGAACUGAUUGUUUAGUGUGGAGAGAGCUCUUUUGGGGGAGUUUUGUUUUCAUGAACAAAUUGUCAUGAAGUGAACUUUGACGUUCGGAGGGAAAGUAAGACCUUCCAAAAAAUGGAGUGCGAGACGAUAGACGCGGCUCGCCCGGCACACACUCGCCACGAGAAAAGUUUGGGGCUCCUCACGAUGAAGUUCGUUGGUCUUCUCCAAGAGGCCAACGAUGGCGUCCUCGACUUGAAAAUGGCCGCAGACAGCUUGGCAGUGAAGCAGAAAAGGCGCAUAUACGACAUCACCAAUGUGCUGGAAGGCGUGGGCUUGAUUGAGAAGAAAAACAAAAAUGUCAUCCAGUGGAGGGGCGAGAACAAGGGAAGUCAGAACCAGGAAGUUCUUGACCAGGUUAGGCUUCUGCAAGCUCAGAUUUCUGAGCUGGAAGCCCAAGAGAAAGAGCUGGACAAGCAGAAGAUCUUGCUGCAGGAGAACAAAGAAUUCAUGAACCACGAUUCUGGCACAAGCAACUAUACGUUUGUGACGCAUGAGGACAUCUGCAAUUCCUUCAUGGGUGACACUCUCCUCCUCGUCGUGGCUCCGUCUGGGACGCAGCUGGAGGUGCUGCUGCCAGAGAAGGGCCAAACGGGUCACAAGAACUACCAGGUGAACCUGCGCAGCAAGGUGGCUCCCAUCAACGUCACCCUCAUUAACCAGGACUCGGACCGCAGUGCCCCCGUGGUCUUCCCUGUGCCUCCCACUGACGUGAUCUGCCCCCUGCUCACGCCUCCCCUCACACUGUCCGCCAGCUCGCACUGUCUCCCCCUCUCCACGGCCGGCCACUCCACCGGCUCCAGCACCACCGCCUCCUCAUUCUGCAGCCAGGACUCGCUCAACUCAGACCAGCAGAUAGCGCUGCCCGAGCACGAUGGCGCGCUGAGGCCGGCGUUCCCACAUUCACCCAUCGGGUGUCCCGAUCAGCCGACAACUGUUUUGGAGCUGGAGCAGAUGGACUUUGCUGGCCCAGAGUUCCAGUCUGUGCUGGGCAUGAGCAGCCUGCUGAGGCACAGUAGUGUCGGGGAGCACAUGAAUGAGGACAGUGAUGCUGUUGGAUUCAUUGAUGAGUUGCUGUCUACUGAUGGCAUGGACUACAGCUUCACCCUGGAUGACGGCAGCGUGUGUGACGUGUUUGAUGUGCGGGCCCUCAACUACUAACGAAUGAAGCUCAGGGAGUACACACCUCCAUUCUGUCCUCUGACUCAUUUUGGACUUUCAAUACGUUAUUUAUGAAGUUAGUGUGCCUCCAUUCUCCCGUUGAAGGUUUACAGGGUAAAAAUGCCUGCAGCAUUCGGGACUGUGACAGUAUUGAUAAUAUCCACGAAAUGUCGCUCGUUCGCCUCGUUUGUGUUUGGUUAUUUAUUGCAUGUAGGUUGUGCUGGGAAUCCUAAAUUAAUGUGCCACUGCCAUUUUAGGCCUUGCUGUUUCGGUUUCAUUAUGUCUUUGUUUUGGAUUUGGCUAAUCAUUUGAAGUCUUUAAAAAGCAAUCAUUGUUUGAUGCUGAAUCUGCCUUAUUUGUCAUGUAAUUGGCCAUAUUUUAUUUCAUCUCGUUUGCCACCUAACUUGAUUGCAAGAAUUCUUGAUUUGCUCAUUUUGGGGAAUUUUUUUAAUAUUUUUUUCAAUAAAUUUUUGAAAUCUCAA